AUGCAAAACAAAGCAGGAAAGCCACCACAUUGGCUUACUGAAUACUUCUAUAUCAUACCCAAUAAGUGGGCAAAUAAAAGUAACUGGAAAUGCAUUUGUAGAACAUGUAUGGAUGUGGUGGAAAAAGAGAUUGCUCUGCAAGAUAAAAAUAUUAAAAUUACAAAUACUUUAUGUGAUUGUACUAGUUAUCUUAAGGAUUGUUCUUACUUUGCUAUAAAAUAUUCAUCAGAACAAAUACAAAGUAUUAUUAAUUUAGCUUUAGCCACUUUAGCAUCAAAAAAACAUAUAGCAAUAUCUAAUAUAGAUGAAGAAGAUGAGAAGGAUUUGAUUUUAACAAUAUCAACUUACUCUUCUAAUUCAUUAUUAAUAUUUAAUAAUAUUUUAAGAUUCCUUUAA